UCACAGCUUUGUUUUGUACAGACGGGGUCGUUAUGGCGCAUCAGCGAAAUCGUCCUAAAAUAAGAUUGUAAUUCGAUGCAGCAUUUUGCUGCAUUCCGAACACAUUGUGACAGUAAAUGAUCCACUGAAUCAUCCAUUAUUUUUGAAAUUUUUCGUGGAAACAAAAUAUUUGGAAAAAGAGAAAUUGAAAGGACAAAGUAUCUCGAAGAAGUACUGUGUGCUUUCAAAAGAGCAGAUAUCCACAAAAGAAGAAAAAGAGUCCCUAACGUGAUAAUCAUUUCAUGUUUGCUGCAUGAUUCGCAGUACGACGUAAAAGUUGUAGAUAAGAACGGCCGUGAUGGUGACACGAGUGUGAAAAUGUAUUGUACGACACUCGGCAGAUGCUUUUGCAGGAGGGAUGCGAUGAGGGCUUUGAGCACCGGCGAAGUCUCCACCGCGUUGAGGCCAUUUUACUUCACCGUACAUCCUGAUCUAUUCGGCCAAUAUCCCACGCAAAGGACGGUGAAUGAGAAUUCUCUGAAGCAACUGAGUUCAAUCUUGGAGACUUUACAACAAAAGCAACCUAUACGACCGACUAUUUUGCCCUUUUACUUGCGUUCAAAAGAUGAAAAAGAAGUAAAAGCUGGUAAAUUUACACUUGUAAAAAUACAGCUGAAAGAAAAAGAUCUGAGACAAACGAUACUUUCUAUCUUAAAAACAUGCGAUUUACCGACAACGUUUGUCGAUAAAAUUGAGGAACAGAAGCCUGUCACAAAGUGCAAAUCCAGCUUUUGGCAAUGUUCCGGAAUAAAGGCAGAAUUUUCAGAAUUAGAGGAUGAUCCUAUUUACGCAUCCAUUAUUAUGAAACGAAAGAUUAAUGCAGAACCAGAUACGCUAAAGGCAUAUUUGGACAAACAUAUCAAUGAAGCGCAUGUUAAAUUGGAGGCGUGUAGACCAAUGAGAGAUGAGGUGGAGAAACUGGAGAAAAUAUUGUGUAGCGAUUUGGGAUUGAAGGAUAUUGUGUGGGAUUGCGGUUGGAAUAUCGCUCAUUAUCGCGGUUGUUUAUUAGCUUUUCAAGCUUUAGCUGAGCAUCAUCCAGAAUCGAUGGAGGUGUUGAGGAAUCGGACUCUCGUAUUUGCUAAUGAUACCGGUAUCAGUUUGGAAGGCAACGUUAUGCUGAAUUCCGGCGAGGUUAGGCACAAUUGGCUUGAUCUAAUAAAGAACGUAAGAAAACACGAUGCCGUGUUGUUGAAAUUACCGGCAUUUGAGAAGGCAGUGUCCCAAGUACUACUCGACAUUAAAGUCGGUCGACGGGUGCUCUAUAUGUGCAGGAAAUUCAUGCCCAAAGUAAUGGUCGGCCAGUAUGAGCGACAGCUGCGGCAACUCACGACUACGCUCUCAGAUUAUCGCGGCAAGAGGAAAUAUCCAAACUCUUGGCCGAUCAGUUUAUCGGCUUACGAAAUUGUCAUCGAAGCCGAAGCUGGUCCUUUAAUGCUGUCGCCGACUGGACAAUUCAUCGUGCCCUCAUCAUGUCCAAGUUUUCUCUUGGUGAAUUUUAUUAGUGAGAAUUUAGAAGAGGCCACAAAAAGACUACAUCAUUAUAAUAACAUAAAGCACGUGGAACGAGAACUUCACCGUAAAACUAUUAAGGAAUUAGGUUUAGCAGCUCUCAACAAAGACGAUAGCAUUACACCAGAUCUAAUGAUACAAUGUUGCGAACGAUUGCUUUUGCAUAAAAGAGAUUUAGCAUCAUCUCUUCAGGGUGUUAUGCUCUGGGUUACGCAUUAUUAUUCCGUUAUGAGUGACGGUGUUCUUUGCGUACCAUGGGAUUGGAAGUUGUAACUUGUAAUAAAAACGUAAUACCUUAUUAUUGAACCACUAGUAUAAUUAAUUGCACAAUGUAAAUAUUUUACAAGUUUUCCAAUUUGUAAGAUGGGUAUAAAUGAUUGUUAGAGUGAUUUGAAGCAAGCAAUUAUCUAGAUACAUAAAAUAAACUUACAAAACGGU